GCAACUCCAUGUGCUUUUAAAGGUCCAGAGGCUUGGACAGCCACUAGUGCUGUAUCAGUUACCUGUCCCUGUGCUAGUGGUGCAAUAGCUCCGGGACCAGGAUUUCCGGUUACUUGUGAUCCAGUUGCCGGAGGUCCUACAUUGGUAACGGUUGCGGGUGUAGUGACCACUACGUCACACAAAUUAGGUGGGUGUGGUAAGGUGUACCAGGUUAAAAGUAAAAAGGAUGGCGAGCAUUAUGCUAUUAAGGAGAUUGCACUAAAAGCUGGCAAAACAUUCAGGGAAGUAGACAUACUAAAAUCCAUAGACAACAUAAACGUGGUCAAAUACUUUGACUCGUGGUGUGAGAAAGGUAUACCUGCCGAUAAGAUUUACAUACAAAUGGAGCUAUGUGGUUGGAAUAACGAAUUUUACAACCUACGUAAAGUCAAUAAGUUUAAAAGUGACACAUUUGUACGCAAACAAGAUGCUGAAUUGUGCCAGGUUGAAUAUUUCAUCACGCUCACUUUGCUCGAAGAGGUACUCGAGGGGGUUAACUACUUACAGAGCCUAACCCCGCCUAUUAUACACCGGGAUCUCAAACCACAAAAUAUCCUGGUUAAAUGUGCGGGAAGCAAGUGGUUGAAAAUCGGUGAUUUUGGCCUUGCUAAAAUACAAUCAUCAGCCUCACAGUCCAAUACUAAGGAUCGCGGGGCUAGAAAUUAUAGGGCACCGGAGGUUAUGAUGGGUAGUACACGGAAU